GACGUCACACCGCAAAGCAUGCUGGGAGAGGAAACCUCCAGGAACCUGAGGGAAAGAGGAAGUUCUGCUGGAAACGUCCUGUAAAGAGGCUCUGAUGUCCGGACAGCGGGAGGGAGAGCCCCGGCAUGAGGAGCAGGUUCCUGUGAUCUAGGAUUGUCCGAUGACAUCAUCAGUACCAGAUAAUGGACGGAGACGGGGACAAGAUGGCGGAGAGGAUAUUAGAUCUUACCCUGGAGAUACUCCUCCUGCUUACUGGAGAGGAUUGCUCCACGGUGAAGAAGACGUCUAGUAAUCUGAUACAUGAGCAGAACAAUGAGAAGAUCCUAGAAGUCGUCCACAAGAUGAUGGAGCUGCUGACUGGAGAGGUUCCUAUAAGGUGUCAGGAUGUCGCUGUCUAUUUCUCCAUGGAGGAGUGGGAGUAUUUCGAAGGACACAAGGGUCUGUACAAGGAGGUCAAGAUGGAGGAGGACCAGCCCCUCACAUCUCCAGAGAGAGCCAUUCAGAGGACAACACCAGAGAGAUGUCCGCGUCCUCUCCUUCCACAGGAUGGUCAGAAGACUAGAAGGGCAAUCUCCAUGUGGUGCUGUCAUGUCGGACUCCAGAGAAACCAGUCGCUGGUAGAAUUCCUACUUCUUAAUUUGUGGGAUAAUCCCUUUAAAGAGGUUAUCCAGCCUAAUUAUUUAACAGACCCCUUCAGAGUGGCUGGAUUCAUACUUACCUGAUCCCUGCUGGUGGCUUCCAGCUCCAUCGAUACAUGGGCACCUCUGCAGAUCCCGGGUCUCUGAGAAUCAACAUCCAGUUGACAGGGCAGGGGAGCACCUGCCACCCAUGCAGUACGUCACUCAGUCAUGUGCCACAUUGGUCUCAGGUCACCACUGCUGCCAGUCCUUGUCUGCAGCAGUUGCGCCCAAGCUCCCAACUAUCUCCACCCCCGCCCCCCCUGUCAACAGUGUGUUGAUUUCCACAGACACAGCACCUGCAGAGUCGACAGUGGAGCAAUGAAGCCAGAACACAGAGGCAGGGACCAAGUAAGUAUGAACUCCACCGGGGGUCUGCCUCUCUGAAGGGGUCUAUUACACAAGUUUAAAGAUGGAUAACUCUUUUAAUGAUCUUUUGUAGGCAUCUAAAACAUUCCACUCAACUUGUCCGACUGUCCUGUAAUUCACAAUAUUUGUUUCACACAUUUUGAAUCAGGAUGAAGAUCUGAACAAAAUUAGUGCUACAGAGACAGAUGUGAGGGGCGAUGAGGAAUACAAGAAGGAGAUUCCUACAGAGACAGAUGUGAGGGGCGAUGAGGAAUACAAGGAGGAGAUUCCUACAGAGACAGAUGUGA